AUGGCUAGGACCACUGGAGUUGUGAUGCAGAAGCCAGGAAGUGAAGAGGAUCAGAACAGGGAGAAGGCAUGGGGCCAUAGCCAGUCAAGACAUGGCUGGCCAGCAGCCAAGCCUGUCAAUGCCAGUGAUCAGACCAGUAGAGGCUGGAGCUGGUCAAGGAGACCAACAAAGAAGGCAAAACCAGCAGUUGACAAGGAUGUGCAGGACUGUCAACAAGCCAAAUGUCAAAGGGAACCAAGCCAAAAUCAAUCCACUGGUCCAUCCAAAGUAACAAGCUGUCAUUCAUCUCCUGGCCCAUGGACUGGCCACCCCAUGGAAAUUAUUACUCUGUCAUGGCUAUCCUGGUCACAGUCUCAUGCAAGAAGUGUUGCAACAGACCCACCCAUCACUCCAGCACCAACUACUACAACUGGUGCUGAUGAUCCAUGCCAUUGUGACAAGUAUCAGGAAGAGGUUACCAUCCUCAAGUGGGAGAAUGCUGACAUGAGGUGGGAGAUAGAAGUAACCCAUACUGAGCUUGCUGCUCUCCAUCAGGUGGUAGAUGCUAUCUGUAAUCACCUAUUCCCAGCCCCAGAUGUGCUUAACCAUCCUCCGGUCCCAUUUCAUGCUACUUCCAACCCUACACUGGUACCUCACAUGCUGGUCAUGGUGGAACUUGGCACUGCAACUGGUGUUGUAGAGGUUCAAUCAUCCUGA